AUGUCUUCAUCAAACAUGCCCUCCUGCAUUACCAACGACUACCCCUUCCCCCUCGAAAGCCUGCACGUCUGGAUCGUGCGUCUCGGAGACGCCAUCUACGAGAUCCAUACCGGGUGUGAGAAAAUGGGAGGCUGCACCCUCAAGCCCGACAUGGUAAAAGCACUAGCCUCCUACUUUAAAUACGCAGAUGAGAAGCACAACGGAACGACGGACUGGUGCAAGUAUGAGGAGUUCGCGUCCGCCCUGGCCAAAAUCCACGCGAACGCCAACGACUCCUGCCAAGAAACAAGCAUCACCUUGGAGCGCUAUGAGGUAAUCAUGCUGUCUACUUUCUUCCGUAAUGAGAAGGCGUGGUCGAUGAAACUGCCCGGGCGACAAUCCAAGCUAACGACUGCUGUCAAGGAACAAGCAUGA